CUGGUCUGCAACAUGAGCAUGCAAGCGUCUGCAGGAGAAAGGUCGGCGUUGGCUGGAUGGCAAGGACAGCAAUGCUCGUUGUAAACGUCGCACACCACCGCGCCGACGAGCGCCGCUUCUUGCAGCUGGUACCACGGAUACCGAGAGCGACAACUCGGACCAAUUUCUGAAACGCUUGAACCAGUCUGGAUGCGGCCGUGGGAAAGUGGCGACAACGACGAAGCUGCGAAUAUCCGCUCGGCGGUGCAAGACGCCAUCCAACGACGUGUACACUCCUUGAUGCUUGAGACGGAUCUCGUCAAGAGGAAGCCCGACGGCUCCAGUCGACUUGUUGGAACGUCGCUGAGCGAAGACGUUGUGUCGGUGGCGUGUCGUGUUUUGGACAACGUAGGCAAACACCCCACGUCCCUCGGUGUACGUGAAAUGACUUCGUCUCUGCAGUGCAUUCAAGCUAAGUCACUGGACACGACGGAUGUGCGGCUGCAGCUACAAUUUGUUCGACGCAUGCUCUCGAAGGCCGCAGAACUCGACACGGUCGCGGCGCAGCUUGGAAACCAGGCAACGCGUGAUCUCUUGGUGACGCAGCGCACUAUGCCCAACAACUUCGCUCAAGUCGCACCAAUCCGCUUGACUCAGCAUCUCAAGGAACCGCUGCCACAGGCUGCUCGAGGUGGCAAGUCCUCCGCCGCCAAGCCAUCGACGACAUGCAGAGCCAAGCAAUUGUAGUUCCUCGUCGAUUUAGCACUGGACCAUACAAUGGAAAAGCACAUGGUGCUCUUUUGCUGCGUUCCAAUCGAACCGUGAA